CUGCGUUCCUGUUCGCAGCCUCCUCAGCCGUCUCUUACCCUCUCACAGGCGGCUAGAAACUAGCCUAUACCUCUCCACCUUCUCCACCUGUUCUCCUUUACCGUCAGACGCCGGGGAAUGCAUCGCGAUGGGGAGAUCUAACCGCGACAUCGCCGGUAGACGAAAGCAGCACGACGGCCGGUCCUGCCACCGGAAGCACGUCGAGGACGGGUAGAACCUACCGCUUCUUCUCCGCCGCCGUUCCCACUCUCUAAUCCACUUUCUUCACCAAUCAAUUUCCUUCGGAGUUUACCCAUAAAAAUGGAGGAACUAGAUCUGACCUCGCCGACGGCCGAGGGGCGGAGCGUUCUCCAUGGCCGAUACGAACUGGGCCGCGUCCUCGGCCAAGGCACUUUUGCCAAGGUCUACGUUGCCCGCAACUUACGCACCGGAAAGAACGUCGCCAUGAAGGUGGUCGACAAGGAGAAGGUUAUCAAGGUGGGCAUGACUGAACAAGUAAAGCGGGAGAUAUCCGUGAUGAAGAGGGUCACCCACCCAAACAUCGUCGAGCUCCACGAGGUAAUGGCUACCAAAUCCAAGAUCUAUUUCGCCAUGGAGCUCGUUCGCGGCGGCGAGCUCUUCUCUAAGAUCGCCCAAUCUGGCCGUCUCAGAGAAGAUGCUGCACGCUCCUACUUCCGGCAACUCAUAUCCGCUGUGGAUUUUUGCCACUCGCGCGGCGUCUUCCACCGGGAUCUCAAGCCGGAGAAUCUCCUCCUCGACGACGCCGGUAACCUGAAGGUCGCCGACUUUGGUCUCUCGGCCUUCGCCGAUCAUGUCCGCGCUGACGGCUUACUUCACACCACUUGCGGCACGCCGGCCUACGUUGCGCCGGAGGUCAUUGGAAAGAAGGGCUACGACGGCGCUAAGGCAGAUCUAUGGUCCUGUGGCGUUAUCCUUUACGUCCUGCUCGCCGGAUCCCUUCCCUUCCAAGACGAUAACAUCGUUACGAUGUACAGGAAGAUCCACCGAGGCGACUUCCGAUGUCCCCCCUGGUUCUCUACUGACGCGCGCCGCCUCGUUACAAAGCUUCUCGAUCCCAAUCCCAGCACCCGCAUCACCGUCGCUAACCUAAUCGAAACCCCCUGGUUCAAGAAAAACCCCAUUCCCAAACCGAUCCUCUCCGAGCCACCAUCGUCGCAAACCAAGAAAGAGGGGGAGGAGCCAGAACGAAUGAAUGCGUUCCAUUUGAUUUCUCUUUCAGAGGGGUUUGAUUUGUCUCCGCUAUUCGCGAGCGGGGAAACCCUAAGAGAGGAAGGGAUUAGGUUUGCGACCAAGGGGCCAGCCAGUGAAAUUGUAUCAAGAUUAGAGGAGCUUGCUGCGAGAGCCCCGGGGAAGCUCCGAGUGACGAAGAGCUCGGCGGCGGGGGUGCGUUUAGAAGGAGAGGAGCGUGGCCGGAAAGGGCGACUUGCAGUGGCCGCAGAGAUCUUCGCGGUUGCGCCAUCUGUGCUUGUGGUGGACGUGAAGAAGGACGGAGGCGACACGCUCGAGUAUUUACGCUUCUGCUGCAACGACCUCCGGCCUGCGCUUAAGGACAUACUGUGACAAUCAUCGGAAGCUCAGACUACCUCCGUCGCCUGAGCCGUCAACAUCAGUUUCUCCGUCCAGCCUUGUGGUGUACAGUGAGUAUUUGGUGUAAUAAAAGGCAUGGCUGGGAACAAUCUCUGCGAUUCUUGAGCUCCAUGUUUGUUC